AUGUCCAAUGCCACCACCGCCAUUUCUGGUUCUCGUGACACCACUCUUCGCAUCUGGGACAUUGAGAAGGGUCAGUGCAAACACGUCCUCAUGGGUCAUCAAGCAAGCGUUCGCUGCCUUGAGAUUCACGGAGACCUGGUCGUCUCGGGAAGCUACGACACUACAGCAAGAAUUUGGAGCAUCAGCGAAGNNGAAGAUGUCUCAGGACGUUGCAAGGACACUUCAGCCAAAUCUAUGCUGUCGCCUUCGAUGGAAAGCGCGUUGCUACAGGCAGUUUGGAUACCAGUGUCCGUGUCUGGAAUGUGGCCGAUGGGUAAGCAUUUCCUCAAACGAUCGCUUGAAGACAAGCCACUGACACUUUACAGCAAAUGCCUUGCAAUCCUUCAAGGCCAUACUUCUCUCGUCGGCCAACUCCAGCUCCGUGGUGACACACUUGUGACUGGCGGCAGCGAUGGCAGUGUUAGAGUCUGGUCAUUGCAAUCCUACACACCUAUUCAUCGUCUUGCGGCGCACGAUAACAGCGUGACGUCACUGCAGUUCGACGAGUCGCGCAUUGUAUCUGGUGGAUCUGACGGACGUGUCAAAGUAUGGGAUCUCCAACGCGGAUGUCUCGUACGAGAACUUGGACAACCUGCCGAAGCAGUCUGGCGUGUUGUCUUUGAAGAGGAGAAAGCAGUCGUUCUUGCAUCUAGGCAAGGCAAAACAGUCAUGGAGGUCUGGAGCUUCGCCCCACCGGAGGAUGGAGACACAAGCAGCACAGCAUCGAGCCCCGCGGUCGUCUCGAUGCCUGCGCUGCCAGCCAGUGAACCCUCACCAAUGCACAUAUCAGAUGCGCCCGAAUCUGAGGUCCAGGCUGAGGACACAAUCAUGACAGACGAGACUCCACGCGACAACGAGGUCUCUUCACCUGUCACAUCAUCAUGA